GGGGGAGCAGCCGGGAGCGCCUCAGUCUGGAGCCAGGAGUCGGCGCCCUGCGGCGGGCGGCCGGCGACGAUGAAGAUCUGGAACUCGGAACACGUGUUCGGCCACCCAUGGGACACAGUCAUCAAGGCUGCAAUGAGGAAGUACCCGAAUCCGAUGAACCCGUGUGUCACGGGAGUCGAUGUGCUUGAGCGCAGUGUGGACUGCCGUGGCCGGCUACACAGCCACCGCCUCCUCAGCACCGAGUGGGGGCUGCCCGGCCUCGUGAGAGCGAUUUUGGGAACCAGUAGGACUUUGACAUACAUCAAAGAACAUUCUGUUGUGGAUCCAGCGGAAAAGAAAAUGGAACUUUGUUCCACCAAUAUCACACUCACAAACUUGGUGUCGGUGAAUGAGAGGUUGGUGUACACACCCCAUCCAGAGAACCCUGAAAUGACUGUGCUCACACAAGAAGCCAUCAUCACUGUGAAGGGGAUCAGCCUUGGCAGUUAUCUGGAAAGUUUAAUGGCCAACACAAUAUCAUCCAACGCAAAGAAGGGAUGGGCUGCUAUUGAGUGGAUAAUUGAAAAUUCUGAAAGCGCUGUGAGCUAACGCGGUCUGCACCUGCAUCUUGUGAUGAACGAUGCCUCACCCAAAAAAAUCAAAGAGGAAAGAAAGGAAAGAAAGGAAGAAAGAAGUGAGUUCUGAAUAUGGCUCACUGGCUCAGUCUGGGAGAGGUGUGGAAUCUGCUGGAGUCUGCCACCUGCCUGCUCACAACCUCCGCCUGGCUCCCCAUGGUGACCUCACCAGACAGGAGGUCCCGCCGAGGCAUAGGCAGAGUUCUCCCGGUUGCUGAGUGAGACCGAGAGGAAGAAGACCUCUAACAGGUGGAGGACAAGGGCCAUGAAACCGCCACUCUGCCAUUCCCCGACUGCUGAGCCAGGGUCCCAGGAGCCGGCCCUACCCACAGCCCAGCUGCCCCCCGUCAGCAUUUAGUUGGAUUGUUCUUAUGCCUUUGUCUAUUUUCUCCUUAGCAACAGCUCCCAGAUCUUUCUUGCCAACUCUUGGGAUCUCACUAAAUAGCUUUUCUCUUUUCAGAUCACUCCCCGUUUCCCUCACAUGCCCCUUAAUUGACAGUCUUCACCGCCAGUCUCUUCACACAUAUCUAACUACCAUCUGUCACUUCAGAUGGUGUCACCAUGCACCUUUCUCUUCCCCUCAUCUACUGUGCACACUAGAGUAGGGGCGUCCAUCCCAGUGGUGACAUGUGUGGUUGACAGUACCGUGAGCUCUCUAAUCAGAGACAGAAUUGGUCAGGAAAGCAAAGCAUUCUGUCCUUGGCCUGCAACUAACUAGUCUGUCCUGCCAUCCUGGGACCAGCGAUCCCAAGUGCUGAAGUCCUGUGUCACUUCUCAUCAUUCAGAUGUAUCCACAGGGAGAGCCACUGUUAUAAUAUGGCAGUAACACUGCUUGUGAUUUUAAGCACUCUGCUGUCUUAUCAGCUUCAAGGUACUUCCAAUUGGGAGUUUUAAUUUUCCCAUUUUCAAAAGUAAAAUGUAAAACCUUUUUCAGUAUAUUUCAAAUUAUAAAAACUUUAGAGAAGGCCUGCUCCAUAAAGGAUAAAUAGUACUGUGUUUCACUAUGUUUCUUUAGAUAAUGCUUUUUGUUGGGUAAUAGUAUUUCCAAUUGAAAAUGAAAUUACAUUUAUUUUUAUCAGACUAUUUUAAUUGGUAUCAAUUAAAACUAGAUUUGUAUGAAUUGAAGAUGUUAAUUAUAAUCACCAGUAAGAAAAUGACUAAAAAGAUACACAGAAAAGGAAACCAAGGGGGAAUCAAAAUGGUAUACUACAAAAACAAUGAAUCAAACACAACAGAAGGCAGUGUGGAAAGAAUUCAGGUACAAAAGGCAAUGAAAUUUAUAUAAAACAAACAACAAAAUGUAAGAAGUUAGUGCUUCUUUAGGAGUAAUUACUUUAAAGGUAAAUGGAUUAAAUUCAGCAAUUAAAAGAAAAAAGUUUGGCAGAAUGGAUGAUAAAACAUGAUCCUACUAUAUAUACUGUCUAUGAAAGACUGACUUUAGAUGCAGACGCAAAUAAUUUGAAUGUGAAAGGAGGGAAAAAGAUAUUCCAUGCAAAUAGUAACCAAAAGACAGCUGGGUGGCCAUACUAAUAUUAGAAGAAAAAGUAGACUUUAAGUCAAAAAUUGUUAUAAGAGGGGGUGUCUGGUUAGCUCAGUUAGUUAGAGCAUGGUGCUAAUAACACCAAAAUUGCUGGUAUGAUCCCUGCAUGGGCCACUGUAAGCUGCACCCUCCUUAAAAAAAAAAAAAUUGUUAUAAGAGUCAUCAAGAAUAUGAAAGUUAUAACCAUAGACACACCAAACUACAGAACACCAUAGUAUAUAAAGUAAACUUUAGCAGAACUAAAGGUGGAAAUAGACAAUGCUACAAUAGUUGGAGACUUCGGUAAUCCACUUUCAAUAAUAAAUAGAACAUCUGGACAGAAAAUCAAUAAGGAAAUCGAGGACUUGAAUAAUCCAAUAAACUAACUUGAUCUAACAGACAUAUUUAGAACAGUUCACCCAGUAACCGAAGAGUACACAUUUUUCUCAAAAGCACAUUGAAUAUUCUCCAGGAUAGACCAUAUGUUAGGCCAAAAAACAAACCUCAGUAAGUUUAGAAACACUGAAAUCAAAUGAAGUAUCUUUUGUGAUCAUAAUGAAAUGAAAUUAGAAAUCAAUAGUAUAAGGAAAACUGGAAAAUUCAGAAAUAUGUGGAAUUUUAAUAACAUACUUGUAACAACCAGUUCUUUAAAGAAAAAAAAUACAAAUGAAAUUAUAAAAUAUCUUGAGAUGAAUGAAAAUGAAAACACAACAUAUGAAUAUGUGUGAGAUGCAGUGAGAGCAAUGCCCACAGGGAAAUUCAUAGUUAUAAGCACCUACAUUAAAAAAAAGGAAAGGUCUCAAAUCAACCUAACUUUAAGGACCUAAAAAAAUGAAGAAAAAACUAAACCCAUGGCUUACAGAGGGAAAGAAAUGAUAAAGACUAGAGAGGAAAUAAAACAGAGAUUAGAAACACAAUAGGCAGAAUUAUUGAAGCCAAAAGUUUUUUCAUUGAAAAGGUACGAAAAAUUGACAAGUCUUUAGUUAAACUGACCAAGAAUAAAAGAUUCCAAGUAAAAAAAAUCAGAAAUGAAAGUGGGGACAUUUCUAUAGAUCUUAUAGAAAUAAAAUGAUAUGAGCAAAUACAAUGAAUAAUUAUACACCCACAAAUUAGUUUAGAUGAGAUGGACAAAAAUUCCUAGAAACACACAAAUUACUGAAACUGAUUCAAAAAGAUAGAAGAUAUAUACGAUGUCAGAGGGGCAAUAGAUUGGGGAGGGGGAUUAUCACUUUCUGAGGGAUGAAAUGUCUAUUACAUUGUUUUGUACACCUGAAACUAAAAAAAAAAAAAAAAAAAAAAAAGAUAGAAAAUCUCAACAGACCUAUAGCAGUAAAGAAACUUAAUCAGUAAUUCAAAACCUCCCAACAGAGAAAAGUCCAAACCUUAAUUAGAAUUAACAUCAAUCCUUUGGAAACUCUUCCAAAAAUAAUGGAGAGAAUACUUCCUAACUCAUUCUGUGGGACCAGUAUUACCCUGAUACCUAAGUUAGACAAAGACACCCUCAGAAAAUAAAACUAAACACCAAUAUUCCUUAUGAAUGUUGAUGUAAGAGUCCUCAACAAAAUACCGGCAAGUCGAAUCCAACAACAUAUUAAAAGGAUAUAUACCAUGACCAGUGAGAUUUAUCCCAGGAAUGCAAGGAUGGUUUAACAUACAAAAAUCAAUCAAUGUUUUAUGGCUCAGUAAUAGAACUAAGGGAAAAAAACCCAUGUGAUCAUCUCAAUGCAGAAAAAGCAUUUAACAAAACAUAACACUCUUUCGUGAUAAAAAAAACACUAUUCUGGGAAUAGAAAUAGAAAUUCUAGAAAUAUUUUAGGAGUAGAAAUAGAAGGGUACUGCUUCCACUUGAUAAAAACUAUUUUUGAAAAAAAACACAGCUAACAUCCUACUCAAUGGUGAAAGACUGAAAUCUUUCUCCAUUAAAUCAAAAAUAAGACAAAGAUGCCCACUGUCACCACUGCUAUUCAACAUUGUCAAGGUAAGUCGGUAUGACUCAGGGAGGUAAUGGUCUAAAAACUGUCAUGAAGAGAGUUUUAUUCUACAGGGAAACCUGGAAUUUGUGGUUUGGAAACCAUGUUUUUGAAGCAGGAAUAAAUGUGUCAGAAUGGGUAGAAUCUCUUGAAUCUUCUACAAUGAUUAGGGUACACAGAGGUCCCAGUGUAGUUUUGGAGGAAGAUUGCUUUUUAGGGCAAGGACAGUUGUAAAUGUGUUAUUCGGCCACUUCAAAUUUUUGGUGGAGUGGAGUGAAAAUAAGCAUAUUUAUUUGUUGGAUUUUUAAAAUUCUCCUAGUUUUUCCAUUAUAAAUACAUUUUUUUCCCCUUGAGGGGGGUAAGUCAUUAAGUAACAAAGUAGUAGUGAUUAUUUUCAAAAUUUGUUUAGUGUAAAAUUGUUUGGUUUUGUAACUUUCAUUUUGGUCUGGAAAUAGAUUCAAUAUUUAUUUGUACAACUCUUUCUAUUUGGAAUUCAGCAUAAGCACAAAAGCAAAUGUAUGAUAAAAUAUCAUGAAAGCCAAGUGCGUGUAGCCACGUGAAAUAUAACCUGGAUUUCUAAUUUGAGAAAAUAUUAAAAAGUUCAAUUUUAAUCAUACAGUAUUAUUUCAUAAUGAGUAUCUGUCAACAUUGCUGGGGCAUUGAUGUUCAGUAGGUACCCCCAGCACCUGGAAGGUAGCCUCAUUUUCUGAGAUGCAGAGGUGUAGGAACACAAGCAUGAUGGUACCUGAUAGAGGACUUCAUCUUACCUGUUUAAAUGUAAACA